UCACACUUGCAAUCCUCCUGUCUCAGCCUCUCAGAUGGCCACGGUCUCCCCUUCAGGUGGUAGCAGUCUUGUAAGUGUGGAACACUGAGCAGGAGCUUUGCCAUUGGCUGGCCAAGAAGGAAGAGGUAGAAUGCUUGCAUUGUUACACCGUUCGGUUCAAACUUCGGAAGACUUGGGUUAAGCAGCAUCGUUUCCUCUGCCAGUGAUCAUGCCUUCACCAGCCCUCUCUGAUCAUCCCAGGCUGAUGAUGCGUGCUGUGGAUUUUAUGAAUUCACCUCACGCUGUUUUCCACAUGCCCUGGCAGCCGGUACAGGGCCUGUGAAAAAUGGAACCAAACUCUCUUCGGACUAAAGUCCCAGCCUUCUUAUCUGAUUUGGGGAAGGCCACUUUGAGGGGAAUCAGAAAGUGUCCCCGCUGUGGCACAUACAAUGGAACCCGGGGACUGAGCUGUAAGAACAAGACCUGUGGGACCAUUUUCCGCUAUGGUGCACGGAAGCAGCCUAGUGUUGAAGCUGUCAAAAUCAUCACAGGUUCCGAUCUGCAGGUCUACUCAGUUCGGCAGAGAGACCGCGGGCCUGAUUACCGAUGCUUUGUGGAGCUGGGUGUUUCAGAGACGACAAUCCAGACCGUGGAUGGCACGAUCCUCACUCAGUUGAGUUCUGGACGGUGUUACGUUCCCUCCUGCUUGAAGGCUGCCACCCAAGGUGUUGUGGAAAACCAGUGCCAGCAUAUCAAGCUGGCAAUGAACUGCCAGGCGGAGGCCACUCCUCUGACCCUGAAGAGUUCAGUCCUGAACGCCAUGCAGGCCUCCCCGGAAACCAAACAGACCAUCUGGCAACUGGCCACCGAACCCACGGGUCCACUGGUACAGAGGGUCACCAAAAGCAUCCUGGUGGUAAAAUGCAAGGCAAGCCAGAAGCAUAGCUUGGGGUAUCUGCAUACAUCCUUUGUGCAGAAAAUCAGUGCCAAAAGCUUACCUGAGCGUCGCUUCUUCUGCUCCUGCCAGACUCUGAAAACGCCCAAGUCGAGUGCCUGUAAGGAUGACGCAGCCCAGAGAUGCAUUCAUUUCUUUGCUUGCAUUUGUGCCUUUGCCAGUGAUGAGACGUUGGCUCAGGAAUUCUCAGACUUCCUCAAUUUCGAUUCCAGCGGUCUUAAAGAAAUAAUUGUGCCCCAGUUAGGAUGUCAUUCAGAGUCAGUUGUAUCAGCCUCUGAAUCUGCUGCCUCUAAGCCAAAAAAGAGGAAAAAGGAUGAAGUACCUGGUGCACAGAUGAAUAGGUCACUAAUGCCUCAAGAUGCACUGAGCAGUAAUCUAAGGAAGAGUGGCCUGAAAAAGCCUGUGGUUGCUUCUUCAUUAAAAAGGCAGUCCUGUGGUCAGCUGUUAGAUGAGGCACAAGUGACUUUAUCCUUCCAAGAUUGGCUGGCCAGUGUCACCGAGCGAAUCCAUCAAACCAUGCACUACCAGUUUGAUGGCAAACCGGAGCCACUGGUAUUCCACAUUCCUCAGUCCUUUUUUGAUGCCCUGCAGCAGAGAAUAUCUGUAGGAAGUGCAAAAAAACGGCUCCCCAACUCCACCACAGCUUUUGUUCGAAAAGAUGCCUUGCCCCUGGGAACAUUUUCCAAGUACACCUGGCAUAUCACUAAUAUCCUGCAAGUUAAACAAAUCUUAGACACCCCAGAGAUGCCCUUGGAAAUCACCCGUAGUUUUAUACAGAACCGAGAUGGGACCUAUGAACUAUUUAAGUGCCCUAAAGUGGAAGUAGAGAGCAUAGCAGAAACCUAUGGCCGCAUAGAAAAGCAACCAGUGCUGCGACCCUUGGAACUAAAAACUUUUCUCAAAGUUGGAAACACUUCCCCAGAUCAAAAGGAGCCGACACCUUUCAUCAUUGAGUGGAUCCCAGAUAUCCUUCCCCAAUCCAAGAUUGGUGAGCUUCGGAUCAAAUUUGAGUACGGUCAUCACCGGAAUGGGCACGUGGCAGACUGCCAGGACCAGAGGCCCUCCCUGGAGCACUCACUGGAGCUGGCCCCUCUGACCACUAUCACUUUCCCUUGAGACAAGAGUAUUUCACUGCUAAAUUUGCACAUCCUCAAUCCUGGCCACUUAAAUACUAGGUGGACCUAUUCCUUUUUUUUUUUUUUUUUUCCAGAACCGGGGAUUGAACUCAAGCCCUUGCGCUUGCCAGGCAAGCGCUUAUUCUGAGCCAUCUCCCCGGCCAGGACCUAUUCCUUAGUGAAUUGUUCUUAGCUAAGAUUCUGUUUCUUAGAGAAUUCAAGCAGGUUUUAUUGAGGAAAAACUCAUGUAAGCCUUUUUGGUGCUGCUUGAGCAGUAUUUCUAGCUAGUCUUAAAAAACAACUCAUUUUCCUUGUCAUGGACUUUAGAAUUUAUUUCAUGUUUUUCUAAUUCUUUCAGAAGUUAGCAGCACUCAGCCUUACACUGAUUGUGUUGGAAAGUCAGUAAUACCCUAGUUUUUACACAGUGUAAAGGGCCAUCCUUGCAGAGUUCUGGAGCAUCCAUGCUCUUUAUUCUGUUCUCAAAUAAAGCACAGUGUCACUGGUUUUUCCAAUGAUAUCUCAUGCUGGCCUGAUUAUGAAAUCAUAUUUUAAGAGAUUUACCUGAAAAAGAAGUUUGGGCCUCAAGGAAUUACUGACAUUUGAAACUAAUGCUUGUAAUUGCUUAUUAGCUUUAUAUUUAUUUCCAUCUUUUUUCUCUUC